UUUUCUGUUGCUCCGACAACUUUCUUGGCAAAUACCGCUCCUUCCGCCAGGUAUCGCCCUUGCUGGCCCGUGAUCCAAAAAGAAAAAGCAUCCGUGUUAGUGAAACUAAGCAUUGUAGUUCGUCUGUGAGUUUACUGCCGUCGUCGUAGACCGACCAAAAAUGUCAAAUCGAUUGCUAGCGCGUGUGCUAGAAUAGAUUAACACGAAUCUGCAUACCACAAACGGGUCUAAGUUAUUUCCUCCACUGUACUCUAGUGCGGAUAACUAGAAUCAGGUUACUGUUCUUCACUUUGCCAAUUGGAAACCCGUCCUGUACAGGCAUUGAAAAACAGGUGCACUUCAUCGUGAAAAGUUCAAUAAACAUUGAUUGCGUUGCACAAUUGUCGGGUCGAAAGCAGUGAAAGGAUGUGAACAACGUCGGAGAAAAGGGCACAGUGAGAUGACUGUGUGAGGUGUCGUGGUAUCUGGAAGACUGCUGUUCCAAAAACCCCCCAAACGGUGUUUUCCGAUGGUGCCGAGUUUCCCGUUCUCGCCCGGAACCCCUCCCCAUGCGCUGGAAGAUGGUUAAUGAAUGUGGGACGCUUCCGGGCUCUCGGCAAGAGGAGAAGUGGGUCAGAUGAGUUGUAAAUGUAGGAACCGAAGCAAAGAGAAGAACGAACGCACUCAGUGGCAAACUAGUGGGAAACGUGGACCGGACGUGGUGCGCUUGGCUAUUGCUGGAGGUUUGUUGUAAAAAAGAUGACAGGUGCAUGGGCUGGAAACACAAUACAGUGGCAAUACAGAGCAACACGGUCGACAAAACACGAAAAAAAGGUUGACCAACAACACAUUCGACGCUCAGCAAAGGCAAGAUAAGAGCCCUUGUUUUGCUAGUGUUUACGAUUGGUGAGAGUGAUUUGCUUGAUAGUGGAAGCUGGUAGUUUCGUUAGCUCCGUGGCCAACGUCAGCGUUGACGACGCCUACUACUAAUAUCAGCGCUGCUAGGGGCACGCGUCCUGUUCUCCUCACAACGAACGAAGUAGCACAGCGUUGUAUUAAUUAACUUCUCAAACAAGCCCUGCUCGUUGGAUGAAAUUAAUCGGUACAAACCCGCUCCUCGGCUAAUUACUCAACGACGACCUUUUGAAGUCAGCCUUUCACUAUGUCCGAUGAAUGGAGCGAACGGUGGGGUAGUGCUAGAGAAACUUUUAUCAUCUUUCAACGUAAAUCAGCUGGGGGAAGGAAAUAUUGUAAGAUGUGUGCAUAAUAGUGAAUCAUUUGAUACAGUUUAUUGCAGCAAACAGUGAUAGUGCAAAAUAGCAGCAACAAACCGUAAGCAGUGGAUAGAAAAAACGUUGAAUUCAUGUUCACAUGUGCAUAUGCCGAAUGUGAUGUUGUGUCCCGCUGGUCAAAAUGUUAAGUGGCACAAUCAUACGCGUUUGUCGAGUGUGAGCAGCAAUAGCUACAGCGUCAGUGAACAGUGAUUAAACAAAAGCGUCGACUAUGCUUUCCUUUUACGUCGAAUCUAAGGAGGCGUCUGCGGAAGCCGUUCGGAACGACGUCCGGGAGGAAACAGCGCACGGCGCAUAAUAAAAUACUGAACGGAAAUUAUCAUUUGAAUCAACUCUGGCGUACACCCCGUUGAUGCUGGCCAUUGAUCGAACGUGAUUUCUCGGCAAUGUGCGAAUGAUGGCAACAUCAUUUUGCGAUAUUAACAACAUCACCAAAUAUAGAAAACAGCAGUGAGCAAAGCGCGAGCGGUUAAGAUUGCUGGUCGGUGGAAAAGGGAUUCUGUUUUCUACGGAUACGCUAAAAAAAACGCAUCGUUUCGGUAUUUGAAGGUAGACAAAACACUAUCGCGUUUUCUCAAGCAAGCAACGCACAGUAGCAAAAGAUGGACGAAGAGGCACUGAUAGCACGAGCAAAGGAGGAACGGGAAAAAAUAUUCCAGCGCUACGACAAGGGCCGGGAACCGGGAGCCGAGAUCGAUCCGUGGGAGGAUCCACAAUUUGAAGUGUACCACCAGACGGAUAGGUAUGGGUUCAUACACGAUCAAAGGUUACCGCGUAAACGCGAACCGCACGAAGCCAAAGCAUUGGAAAUCGAAAUGGGACGGGUGAAGAAAUGGCUCAAACUGCUCGGACAUUCUUCGCAGCCAGCAAAGCGACCAUGGGAAGAUAAAGUAGUUCAGGCAAAGGUACGCAAACGCGUCUUCAAAGGAAUACCGGAGAAGAUCCGUGGACAGGUCUGGUGUAAGCUGCUCAAUCUCGAGCAGGUGAUGAAGGCCGAAGAGGGCAAGUACAAAAAGAUGCUGGAGCUGGCUCGCAACUGGAGCACGGAAGCGCGUCAGAUCGAUAAGGACGUGAAUCGACAGUUUCGGGAUCACAUUUUCUACCGCGAGCGUUACAGUGACAUGCAGAAGAGUUUGUUUAAUGUACUGGUAGCAUACAGUAUGUACAAUUCGGAGGUUGGCUACUGCCAGGGAAUGUCCGGACUAGCAGGAGUGCUGCUGAUGUACUUGAAAGAAGAGGAGGCAUUCUGGGCACUAAGCGUCCUGCUGGCGGAUGCAAAGUUCGCAAUGCACGGUCUAUUCAUCGAAGGCUUCCCGAAGCUGACCCGUUUUCUAGCACAUCAUGACAAAAUCAUAACCAAAUUCAUACCAAAGCUUAAGAAACAUUUUGAUCAGUGCAAUCUCGACUCGAUCCUGUACUCGUUAAAAUGGUUCUUUGUUGUGUUUAUCGAAAGGAUUCCGUUCAGUUUGUGUUUGCGCGUUUGGGACAUUUAUCUGCUCGAUGGAGAAAAGGUGGUCACAGCAAUGGCUUAUAACAUACUGCGUAUGCACAAGCCAUAUAUACUGAAGCUACGGGAUAUGGAUCAAAUUGUGCAGUAUAUACAGACACGGCUAUGUGAAGACUUUGGCUACGACGACGAUACGGUAAUUAAGAAUCUAGAGCAAUGCAUGGAGGAACUGCGUAAGGCAGGUUUAGAGCUGCCACCGCCACCGAGUGAAAUCGAACUUCCGAAAAAAGAAUUCGGCGUAUUCGUGGAGCCCACUGCGGCCGCACAGAUUGGACGACGAAAGCAGGAAUUUAGCGAAACAGAAAAAGAAGUCACAGAAACAGUAAAGCUCAAGCGUGAAAUAACCGAACAGGAAAUUGCGAAUCUCAACCGAAUCGCUACCGCUCCAGGAGGUUCAACACAACAGCUAAAUACAGUACACAUUCCGGAGUCGGAAGAUGGUGGAUCGCUUCUAGGAAGCUCACGUAAAUCGCUGGCCGAUACCUCCGUUACAUCCACCGCAGAUUUGAGCGUGCUCUCCGGUGGGCAAAGCCAGCGGUCACACCAAGCUUUCGAUUUCUGCGUCGACGAACAGAAUAUCAUACCAAGUGAGGAUGAGGGCGAUGGAGAAAGCAGUCCAGUAUCAAGGCGAAAACAAUCGUCGGUGCCAUCGGCGUCGCAUGGUACCAGUAGUGGUGCCGCGAACGCCACCGCCUCCACCUCCACGACGAGGACGGUCAGGCUUAGAAGUGCAACAUCCGCCAUCGGUGCAACGAGUGUGGUAGAGCGUAGUCCUUCAGCCCUCCAGCUAAUGACUCCUCGAGCAAUGUCUCCACACGAUGUAGUGCGCAUUUACGUACCACCAGCACCGCCAGAAGAGCUACAUCACGGGGCAUUAGGCUUUGAGACGUCCUCCAGCGUCAAUAAUCACGAUCGGCCAACGGUAUCCAGCGCAAAUGGGACGGAACUGCGCCGUAAUCGUUCUUCGCGUGCCAGUUACAACGACGAGGACGAAGACGAAGAAUCAAAAACGCGUCGUAACAGUGAGAUUGAUCUGUAUCUACAGCAAUCGAUUAGUUCAAAAAUGCCCGGAGUCACAACGGCAAACGGUAAUGUAACGGCCGGUUAUGGAAGUGGCAGAUUUUCGAACUACGCUAGUGGCGAUUUUCAGGGUCAGCAGCAACCGUCUGCAUACCCUGCGGCACCAUUGUCUCCGUCCGCGUCCCAAAAUUACGCUUCGAAUGGACGUUCCACGUCGUCGUCCCGGCGUGGCAGUAUGUCACGGAAAUCUCCAGCACCGACGCUGGACAGUGAAUUCAUCAUCGAGUGUAGCCACCUGAAAAACCGCAAAUAUGUGCCACCGGAUCAUCACAGCAGCCACAACAGCCUGGUGCUGAGCGUUGGCGGUGGUUUACCAAUGUACGGUAGCCGCAACGGUUCAGAAUCUAACAUACAUCGCAUGACAUCGUUCGAGGAGCUGGCUAAGGCGAAACUACAGCAGCAUCUAUCCGGCAGCAGUGGUAGUGGGGCAAUCGCGGGUAGUAGCAGUAGCUUGUUGAAAACUACCACGGAAGACGCCUAUGUUGUGCGACAAACGGUAUCGGUAACGAAGACCUCCGGAUCUAUCAACCGAAUGGCGAGAAGCGAAAUCUAUGAGUCGAUUGAAAGCAGGGAAGAAUCGCACUAUGACAGUCCUCGCCGCCAAAGGCAACCAGAUAAUACGCCGUCUGAUUUGUACGAAGGCGCCGGUAGUCCGAUGCAUAGUCAAAAAACUUCCCGAGGUCACAAAAGCGAUUACAACAUUCAGUAUCGAAAUCUUUCACCGCAGGGCGGCAGUGCUGGCGCACCAAUGUCACCGAUGAGUGACGGUGGAGGCGAUUGGGUGGAAUAUCGACAGAUGAAAGCAUCCUCCCGGCAAAACAGUGGCAAUGAUAGUUCGCCGUUUGAUUACGAUCCAUUACCCACGGACGGUGCAGCGAUUGUCGCCAAGAAACGCUACAAUCGGUUCUUCAACAACGACGAGGAGGAGGAUGAGUAUGAAGAAGAUGAGACGACGAAUGGCGGAACCACAGUGGCCACUCACCGACAUCGGGAAGAUGAAGACAAGUUACUGACUAAAUCGUCCGAUGAUUCAUCCACCAGCCCUCCUCCAGUUAGUCGCCCUUCACAGUUGCCCCACUAUCAGCGAUCAAGUGCUGGGUCCGGUGCGGGUAGUCACCAACGUCAGCGACCUCGCCAAAGACAACCACCAAUCGUGUCGCACUCCCAGCCUCAGAAUGGUACGACGCCAACAAAUGAAACGGUGCCGCUUUUACCCUUGUCUCCAACGAGCAGCAGCAAUCUAACUGGCAAAAAGGCAUCACACUUCAUUCCGCUGGUACGUUCUGACGGUACCGCCAGCCCUCUCCCAUCAUCGGCCAUUCCGGUCAGUAGUAUUAAGCGUAAGAUUUCGUCCGAAUCCUCAUAUUGUCCGGCGAGUUCGUCGACCACCAGCACACCAACCGGCACGCGACGUCGCGACUCGAACGUUUCAGCCAACGGAAUCCAGUCUCCUCCGGCCGGUAGCCACUCUCGUAUUCCCGUUGGGUUGAAAUCACCCACAUCGCCAACGGGAUCGCUACAAGGCUCUUUUCGCUCCGGCAUUCCGACACAAAAAUCCUCCAGAUUGCCCACUUCUAAACCAACCGAUGUUGGCGAACGUUUGCCUCAGUAUCAGUACGGUACGGCUUCAGGGCCGGCAUCGUUAGCUCUCUCACCACCGGCAUCGUCGCUUCCAAGAGCAGGAAGCGGCCAAGGAGGCGAAUAUUCUACCACCAGACUAGGAUCGUCCCGUUCGGCUCAUCAGAUCCAAUCAGACUCGAAUAAGAUUCGCAUUCAGAUUAAUCCUUCACAGUCGUACAGCAACAGCAGCACGACGGGAGGAUAAAUUUGAGCUUACUGCCCGUAACAACCAGCAUUAUUUACGUUUCCUUUUUAGAACUCUAGAGCAAUAGAGAUGGUAAUGAGUAGAGGUUUAUCGAGUAUUUAAACCACGAGUCCAAAUGGUGUGUAUAAGACCAUUUGAAAAAGAAGUUUGUUGAUCUGAUGGGAUUCUCAAUAGAUGCUACUUACACAAACAACAGAGAUAAGAAAUGUAGCCCAUACCAAUUCCUUGGUUAGAAUUUUAGUAUAUAUUUUUUUAAUAUUAUUCGCUAUCGAAUGUGGAUGCUAAGCUAAGAUGUCUAGCUUCGCUCCAAUCUGCUUUCUCUGCCCCUCAAAUGCAUUCCAUUUUCUAUAACGCAUAAUGCAACCCAAAUAUAUGAUGUAAGUUCGUUA